UGUUAUACUGACCUAAAGCCCCAUAUACAAAAUACUCGUUAUACUCAACUAAUAUAACCAUAUAGGCUGGAGAAAAAUUGAAAUUGUUAGCCAAACACAUCAAGAAGGUAUCAAGUUGGGAAGGCUGACAUUAUAAACUAAAAAGUAUAUUUGUGUAGAACAUUGUAUAUUCAAGAAUGCCCUAAAAGAUAAGUGAAUAUUUUCUUUGGUUUUGAGGGAUUCGUGCAGUCAAAGGCCUCCAUGCAAUGCACGCACACAUGCACACUUAACCAAAGUUCUUUCCUUUGCUCAAAGUGCAAAGGAGGAAGGCUUAAAAGGGCCCCCUUUCCUCUUCCUACCCUUUGCCCACUGUCUUCUAAUAUUUAGCAAUUGUAGCCACUCUCUUUUUUUUUCUGAAGUCCUUCCUAUAAGAUCCAGUGACUGAAGCCCUAACAUUAGGCCAGAGGUUUUCUAUAAUCUUAUGCAUAAAUUUAAUAGGACCUGAAGAGCAAAAGGACCUCUGUGCAUUGUGUAGGAAAAGUCUUACAAGACACGAACUGCCAAUUUCCUUUUCUCUGGCAUGCUGAUCCACUCGGAAGCAGACUGGAACUAACCUUUAGUUCUAACAUUAGCCAGAGCAUCAAAUACCUUGAUUUCUGCAAUGAAAAGAAUCUUUGGCUCCUGGGCUUGAUGGACCAAGAGUGCUAAAUAAAUUAGCAACAUCAAAGGGACGAUCUUUCUGAGGACGACCUCAAGCAUGGCCACAGGGGGGAAAGGCAGCCAGACCAGCAACAGUCUCUAUACUAACCGGCUCAUCCAUGAGAAAUCUCCUUACCUCCUUCAACAUGCCCAUAACCCUGUUGACUGGUAUCCAUGGGGCCAGGAAGCCUUUGAUAAGGCAAAGCGAGAGGACAAGUUAAUAUUUCUGUCAGUUGGCUAUUCGACUUGCCACUGGUGUCAUGUUAUGGAACAAGAAUCCUUUCAGAAUGAAGAAAUUGGUCGGAUUUUGAAUGAGAAUUUUGUGUGCAUCAAGGUGGAUCGUGAAGAGCGUCCAGAUGUUGAUAAAGUUUAUAUGACCUUUGUGCAGGCAACCAGCAGCGGAGGUGGUUGGCCAAUGAGUGUGUGGUUGACUCCUGAUCUCAAACCAUUUGUAGGUGGAACUUAUUUCCCACCUGAGGAUGGAAUUUAUCAGGUUGGCUUUCGGACUGUUCUGCUUCGCAUCCUAGAGCAGUGGAAACGGAACAAAAGUACCCUUUUGGAAAACAGCCAGAAAAUCUUAUCUGCACUGUUAGCUAGGACUGAUGUUGGCGUUCGAGGGGAGGAAGCACCCCCAUCCUUAAAAGAAGUUACAACCCGAUGUUUCCAACAACUAUCAGAGACUUAUGAUGAAGAAUAUGGUGGAUUCUCAGAAUCUCCCAAAUUCCCUACCCCAGUUAAUUUGAAUUUCCUCUUCUCCUAUUGGGCUCUUCAACGGUCAAACACUGAAGGAGCACGAGCGCUCCAGAUGGCGCUGCAUACACUCAAGAUGAUGGCAUAUGGUGGUAUUCAUGAUCAUAUUGCACAGGGGUUUCAUCGCUACUCAACUGACCAACGUUGGCAUGUCCCUCAUUUUGAAAAGAUGCUGUAUGAUCAGGGUCAGCUGGCAGUAGUUUAUGCCAAGGCAUUUCAGAUUUCUGGUGAUGAAUUCUUUGCAGACACGGCAGCAGACAUUCUUCUUUAUGUUUCUCGGGAUCUGAGUGACAAUUCAGGGGGUUUCUACAGUGCAGAGGAUGCUGAUUCAUACGCUACAGUCCAAUCAGAGAAAAAGCAAGAGGGUGCAUUUUGCGUAUGGACAGCUGAAGAGAUUCGGCAGCUCCUGCCAGACCCCAUUGAAGGGAUCCCAGAGAAAAAAAUUGUGGCAGAUGUUUUCAUGCAUCACUAUGGAAUGAAGGAAGAUGGCAAUGUGAACCCAAUGAAGGAUCCUCACAAUGAAUUAAAAAGAAAAAAUGUUCUGAUAAUGCAAUAUUCCCUGGAACUUACAGCUGCCCGAUUUGGACUGGGGCUAGAAGAACUGAAGACAUUGCUGGUUAAAAGUAGGGAGAAACUAUAUAAGGCACGAACUCAGAGGCCACGGCCCCAUCUGGACAGCAAGAUGCUGGCAUCCUGGAAUGGACUGAUGAUCUCUGGCUUUGCUCAGUGUGGAGCCAUCUUAGGCAAGAAAGAAUACAUUGAUCGAGCUGUAUGUGCAGCUUCCUUCUUGCAAAACCACAUGUUUAAUGCCAGCAAUGGAAAGCUGCUAAGAACUUGUUAUCAAGGACAAGGCAACACAGUGACCCACAGUUCAUGUGCUAUCCAAGGAUUCUUCCUUCCUAGAUUUGUUUGCAAUUUCUUUCAUUCUCUGGAGGACUAAACCACCUCAAUAUAUUUUCAUAA